AUGAUGGAUGAAAACAGUUUUACAGAUGAAGAGAACCGAGGUGAACGUCGUCUUGCUCAACGAUUUUGGAUUAUAGUCGUAACUGUUGCUAUGAAUUUCUAUAAGUAUACUGUAACGCCUUCAUUGGCUGAACAGUCAUUGCAUAACUCAAUAACUGUUGAAUUUACACGUCAUGCUACACCCAAAGAUUUUGGUAAUUUAAUUUUACGUGCGAAAUUAGAACGUGAUAUUUACUAUCAUGGACAGUGUACAAAACGUUAG